AUGUCUCCUGUUGAAGUGUCCAACGUGUUUGACACCAUCUUGGUGUUGGAUUUCGGUUCUCAGUACUCUCAUUUGAUUACCAGAAGAUUGAGAGAGUUCAAUGUGUACGCCGAAAUGCUUCCAUGUACUCAAAAGAUUGCCGAUUUGCACUGGAAACCUAAGGGUGUCAUUCUUUCUGGUGGUCCAUAUUCUGUCUACGAGAAGGAUGCUCCUCACGUUGACAAGGCUAUUUUCGAUUUGGGUGUUCCAAUUCUAGGUAUCUGUUACGGUUUGCAAGAAAUUGCCUGGAUUAACAAUACCGAAGUUGGUCGUGGUGAAAAGAGAGAAUAUGGCCCAGCUACUUUGCGCGUUGAAGACAAGAGCUGUCCAUUAUUUGCUAAUGUCGACCACUCUACCGUUUGGAUGUCUCAUCACGAUAAAGUUCACAACUUGCCAGCUGGUUUCAAGAUCACUGCUACCUCUGAAAACUCUCCAUUCUGUGGUAUCGCUAAUGAAGACAAGCAAAUCUACGGUAUUCAAUUCCAUCCAGAAGUCACUCACUCCACUCAAGGUAAGACUUUGUUGAGAAACUUUGCUGUUGAUAUCUGUAAGGCUAGUCAAAGCUGGAACAUGGAAAACUUCAUCGACACUGAAAUCAACAGAAUCAGAGAAUUAGUUGGUCCGGAUGCUGAAGUUAUUGGUGCUGUAUCUGGUGGUGUCGACUCUACUGUUGCUGCCAAAUUGAUGGACAGAGCAAUUGGUGAUAGAUUCCAUGCCAUUAUGGUCGACAACGGUGUGUUAAGAUUGAACGAAGCUGCUACUGUCAAAAAGACUUUGGGUGAAGGUUUAGGUAUCAACUUGACUGUUGUCGAUGCUUCCGAUGAAUUCUUGGACAAAUUGAAAGGUGUCACUGACCCAGAAAAGAAGAGAAAGAUCAUCGGUAACACUUUUAUCCACGUCUUCGAAAGGGAAGCUGCAAAGAUCCAACCUAAGAACGGUAAGGAAAUCGAAUUCUUGUUACAAGGUACUUUGUACCCUGAUGUCAUAGAAUCCAUUUCUUUCAAGGGUCCUUCUCAAACUAUCAAGACCCACCAUAACGUCGGUGGUUUGUUGGAGAACAUGAAAUUAAAAUUGAUUGAACCAUUGAGAGAAUUGUUCAAGGAUGAAGUCAGAGAAUUGGGUGAACUUUUGGGUAUCUCUCAUGAAUUGGUAUGGAGACAUCCUUUCCCAGGUCCAGGUAUUGCUAUCCGUGUCCUUGGCGAAGUUACUAGAGAACAAGUGGCCAUUGCUAGAAAGGCUGACUAUAUUUACAUCGAAGAAAUCAGAAAGGCUGGUCUCUACAACAACAUUUCACAAGCCUUUGCUUGUUUGUUACCAGUCAAGUCUGUCGGUGUUAUGGGUGAUCAAAGAACUUAUGAACAAGUCAUUGCAUUGAGAGCCAUCGAAACCACUGAUUUCAUGACUGCUGAUUGGUAUCCAUUCGAACACUCCUUCCUAAAAAAGGUCGCUUCUAGAAUUGUCAACGAAGUUGAUGGUGUUGCCAGGGUUACUUACGAUAUCACAUCAAAGCCUCCAGCUACCGUCGAGUGGGAAUAA